GCCAGUUGACGCGCGCGGGUCCCCGGCGCACGGCAUCUUUGAAAUUUUUCGCGUCUAGUAAGCACUAGUGCGACGACCAACCAAUUCGUUGACGAACGUUAAAAAAAUAAGGCGAACGAGCCCUGGAAAAGGGAUAAUUUUCGAGUGAUUUUUUUGCCGUGUGUGUACUCGAGAGAGAAAAUUCCAACAAGAGAGAGAAAGAGCAACGCACACAUCGCAGGAAAGUGACGAGGAAAUACCAGUUAUGAUAAAUCCAGGGAAGAGAGAAGAAAAUUUAAGAAAAUAUAUAUUGUGAGCGAAAAUAAUUGAGUCAAUCGAUAUGCGAUCGAAUCUUUGGUAGAUUUUUACGAAAAUUUACCUCUAAUCGACGUGUUGGAGCAGAAAAAAGCCCCAAAUCGUAAUCGAUCAAAACGCAUCGAGUUCGCUUUGCUCGGAGAGAGUGCGCAGCUUGCAGAGCUGCGUGAAAAGCAGAAUCUACCUUUUUCGCAGAUUAAGGUGACCAUCUAGUCGACGGAUGCUGUUACAGGAAGAGCCAAUUCGUCCCGAGUACAGUACAGUUGGAAGUAAAGUUUUCCCAGAGCAGCGUCGACGAAGCAGAGCCUCGUCAUAAGCGAGGCCCGGGUAGAAGAGGGGCCCUAGGCCUAUUCCCCAAAAAGGAAGGAAGGAGCUCCCUAGAAAGAUGGGAGUCGCCGACGACUUGGCGCCGAGCUUCACGAAGAAGCCGAAGCUCGGCCAGGAGGACGACGGCAAUCGGCUGAUAUUCGAGUGCGAGCUGGUGGGCUCGCCGCUGCCGGACAUCGUCUGGUAUCGCGGCGACACCAAGCUCGUCGAGGACGAGCGCACGACCUUCAAGACGCAGAACAUCGGCAGCAACAAGUACCUCGUCGUGCUCGAGCUGGACGACGUCGUGGAGACAGACGCCGGCCUCUACAAAGUCACGGCGAAAAACAAAAUGGGCGAGGUCGCGGCUUCCAUCAGCCUCAAUUUCAGCCCUAUGGACGAAUCUAAAGAAAAACAAAUCGACGGGCUGCCGCCAACGUUCGCGAAAAAACCAGCGAUUCGCCAAGAAGACGACGGUAAACGUUUGAUCUUCGAGUGCUGUAUCAAUGCCGACCCGACACCAAAGGUCAGCUGGUAUCACGACGGAGAGCUUGUCGCCGACGACGACCGGCACAGGCUCUCGUUGGACAAGGACGGCCACUCGUACUUUUCGAGCUUGGAAAUCAAAAACGUGACAGUCGAGGAUGCUGGAAAAUAUAAGGUCACCGCCAAAAACGAUCAUGGCGAGAGCAACGCCACGAUUUCCCUCAACUUUGACAGCGACGAAGCGCCAGUACCAGACGACGGUGUUAAGCCGACAUUUACCGAACCGCCGGUAAUCGAGCAGAUCGACGACGGUGACACUGUUAUGUUCCAAUGUCGAUUAGCAGGCGAUCCUAAGCCUACCGUCAAGUGGUACAAAGGAUCAGUGGAAAUCCACGAGAGCAGCAAGUAUCACAUGUCACUGGAGCUAGAUCAGAAAAUUUAUCAUCUGGCUAGGCUGCUGAUAAACGAAGUCGUUCAGCAGGACAGCGGAGAGUAUAGAGCCGUAGCGAAAAAUAGACUCGGCCAAGGUGUCGCCACGAUCAGCUUGACUUUUGAGGGUGGCGAUAGACCCAAAAUACCCGAUGACAGGGCGCCACGUUUUCCGAAGAAACCCACCAUUCGCCAAGAAGGAGACGUCCUAAUAAUGGAGGUCGUAGUGACCGCACAUCCAGCACCGGAAAUAACCUGGUACCAGGGCCUCAAGGUUAUAAACGGGGAUAACGCGGGACGCAUCAGAAUGACGCGGAAAACCACGGGCAAAGAUACUUUCUUGUUAACACUCGAAAUAUCUAAUCCAACAAAGGCCGAUGGUGGUCAAUAUAGGUGCAAUGCCUUAAACAAGUUUGGCAACAGCAGCGCCAACAUCUCCUUGAAUUUCCAAGGUGCAGAAGAUCCAGCUGGUUUCGCUCCGACGUUUGUUGGAAAGCCUCAAAUCGUGCCCAAUGCCACGGGUACACUCAUUUCAUUGAAGGUCAAGAUCAGAGCAAAGCCUAAACCUGACAUCACGUGGUUCAGAGGCAAAGAUGCCAUCAAAGAAUCAGCCAAAGUUAGUUUCUCUUGUGUUUCCGAACAAGAAGAUAUUUAUGAAGUUAGACUCGAUCUUAAGGAUCCGGUUAGCGCCGACGGAGGAGCGUAUCAUUGCUUCAUGAAGAACGAGUUUGGCGAACUUACCGCCAAUUUGAAUCUCAAUAUCGAAGCCGAACCAGAACCCGAAGGCGAUGGACCAACGUUUGUGGAAAAGCCACGAAUUCAGUCCCACGACAAGGGAAAAAUCGUCAUCAUGGAUUGUAAAGUUAAAGCCGUGCCAAAGCCCACAAUUACAUGGACACACGCUGGCAACGUUAUUCAAGAAUCAUCCAAAAUUCAAAUCAGCAUCGUGGAAGAAUCCGCGGGUAUUUAUUACAUCAAGCUUGUCUUAAACGAUCCUGGAGCAGAUGAUUCUGGAUUGUACAAGUGCAGCAUCAAGAACGAUCUAGGACAGCUUAACGCAAAUCUCACCCUCAACGUAGAGAUCAUACCUGUGAUCAAAGAAAAACCAAAGGUCAUCAAGAUCAUUAAGAAGAAGACGGUCAUCGUCGAAUGCACCGUCCUGUCCAAGUUUGCUCCUGACUGCACGUGGUUCAAAGAAACCAAGGCAGUCGAAGUCGACAACAGGCAUAAAUUGCACGUUGAAAAGAUUAAAGAAGGUGAAUUUGCGGUGAAAUUGGAGAUCGAGCAAAUAUCUCAAGCAGACAGAGGUAAAUACAAGCUGGUAGCGAGAAAUGAAAAAGGCGAAGCAACAUCCCAAGUCGUGGAGGUUCAGGAGAUACCCGAGGAACCAGAUCCACCAAGACUGGCGUCGGGACUCAAGUCAAUUACCGUCGAGGAAGGCAAAACGGCAGAAUUCUUGGCAGUGCUACUGAAAUCUGAUACAAAAGUUACCGUCACGUGGUAUAAGGAUUCGACUGUUAUCAAAACUUCAGAAACUUAUAGUCAAAGUUUUGAUGGCAAGGAAGCUAGAUUACUUAUUAGUUCAACUACUCAGGAAAUGACGGGUACAUAUAAAAUCGUGGUCAGCUCUGAACAUGGAAAAGAUGAGUCUACGGCAAAUUUGGUUGUUGAGAAAAAAGAAAAAAAGAAAAAGACCGACGAGGACGAAGAGCAGAAAGAAAAAUUGAAAAAGAAAGAAGAAGAGAAAAAGAAAUUGGAAGAAAAGAAAAAAGAAGAAGAGAAAAAGAAAGUAGAGGAACAGAAAAAAGAAGAAGAGAAAAAGAAAGUGGAGGAACAGAGAAAAGAAGAAGAGAAGAAAAAAGAUCUAAUAAAGAAAAAAGAGGAAGAAAAGAAGAAGGUAGAGGAGAAAAAGGAGGAGAAAACAGUUACCAAAAAGAAGGUAGAGGAAACAAAGAAAAUCGAGGAAGAAAAGAAAGAAAAGGUAUUCAUUAUUGAAGAACUUCACACCAGCUUAUUGGCGAACGUUUGCUUGAAAAGGCUUAAACAUUCAUCCAUCUGUUCAAAAAAUCAAUGCCAGUUUAAUAGACAGUUGACUAGAUGCUGGCAAAGAUUAAAAAAAGUACUUGAUGGAUAUGCUAUUAACACAUUUAUAAUGCUCAACUAAUGAACUGUAAAAUUUUAUUGCUAUGCCACUGCUGCCAGCUUUUGCAAAAUAAAUAUUUAAGAUCGGAUUAUUAACGAAAGGAACAUUUUUUAAGAUUCCUGAAUCC